UGCAUUGAAAAAUGAUUUGACAGCGUAGCGUGAAUAGAAGGUUAUUCUCGUUGGUAACUACCGUUCUUGCUUGGUAAUUCCAAAUGAAUUCUGCUAUGAGGCAUUAUCAGUUUCUUAACUUAAUUUUGGCCGGAUAUUUGUAUCUUCAACUGCGGAAGAAGAAACGAGUACGAACCGUUGGUGUGAGAGAGAUUUUUCGGAGAAGAACCCAGUUUGGUGAUGGACAUAAUUUACUUGAAGAACUCCGUUUCCGUGAUCCACUCUUUUUUUUUAUUUACACAAGGAUGAAUGUCGAAAGGUAAGAUUAUAUUAUUAUAUUAUUAUUAUUAUUAGGUAUUAUUAUUUUUUUUUAGAGGGACUCUAGCUACGUGAGUGAUUUAUAGUAACUCAAGGACACUCAAGGGUCCGCGGUUCGAUUCCGGCCCGCCCUUCACCCCACAUAUAUACCUCUUUUUUUAAGAGGUGGAUUGCCCCAGUUUAACGGGAGGUUAAAGAUUAAGGGUUCGAUCUAUACGGAUUAACAAUCCGUUUGUGAGUCCAGUAAUAUUCAUGCGUCGUCAGUGCAACUGAAAAUUUAAGACACGCCUUACGGCUCACACAAUUGAUUCGUCCUGGCCAUCUUAAGGGCUGUAUAGCUCGCAAGCCAUAAUUUAAGAAGAAGAAGAAGACUGUUCGUCACUGCCUGUCUCAUAUUCAUCGUAUCUCGUAUUGUCACUUACUUCAACACGUGGUCCACGUGGAGCAAGAGAGAGAACAUGACAUUCAAUUAUCAUUCUUCACAUUGCGAUAGUGAUGUCCAAUAUCCUUAUACUGACAGAGUAGUGAUAGGAGAGGAUUAUGUUGAUUUCAUAUAUCAAUUUGUGAAGGACAGCAAUAUAUCCGCAAAAAACUGUAUGAACAUUACUAGCAUAAGUAAUAUUCGUAAUAAUAUAAUUGGAACACCUCGCAAUUUUCCAAACCAUGAAAAUUUUCUUAUGAAGAAGUAUGAUUUCGAUAUUUCAAUAUCUCCAUGGCAGAAACAAGUGGCAUAUACUUUUGCAUCAAAGCGUUUUAGAGAUACUUAUUAUCAUGAUAUUGAUCUCGAAUUUCAUGAAGCUGUAUAUCCAAUCAGAGUCUCUAUAUAUGAAGUAUAUAAUUAUGGUAACGUAACUGAAGUUUGGGCCCAAGAUUCCGAUGAUGAGAGUCGGUGGUUUCCAUUGUGGGAGGGAGACCCUCAGUUCUACGGAAUUUCUACAUCCUAUAGACGCAGACAUUCGGAAUCACGGAUAUUUUCCCCACCUUUAAGGUCUUGUAACUUUAAAACCAAAAAGUUCAGACUACAAUUUAUAUCCAACUCUUGCACACAGCUAGAUGCUGUGUUGCUGAUCGGUACAUCAAAAUUGAUUUUUCCUAAAAAUCCUGAAGAUAAGAGUUUAUCUGAACUGUUACAUCGCAUUUGGGUACAAAGACAUUCUUGUUCGAAUUAUUGUAUUUGUUGUUCUGAACAAGAACAAAAUGACUUUCACAUCUUUCACAAGAAAGAUGCUUGGAACAUGUAUCUAUUGGAGGACUUUUAUAAUACAACACGUGAUUAUGAAAAUGCACAUUCGGAUAUACUUGAUCUUCAAAAGGAAUUUCCUAAAUAUUGCGUUAUUUGUAAAAGCGAUGUAGCAACGAAUUUUCACAAGAGCAAGCUCGCGCACAAGCAAGUAUCUCAAGAGGAAGAUGUGCCAUCUUCUAAGCAGGGACAUGUGAAUCACCCUUUAUUAAGAAAUUAUUGGAAUUAUGUAAAAUUUAUAGAAGAUAUCAAACUCUCUUCGGGAGAAUACAAGGAGCAACUUGACAGUUUUUCUACGCUUCCUGAUGAAAUAAUACUAAUGAUAUUAAAAUACUUGGAUAUGAGGUCGUUUUGCCGUAUGAGCCAAGUAAAUAAACGCCUCAAUAAUUUAACACAGGAUCCUUUUAAAUGUUUGAACUUACGAAAUUUAAGAAAUGCAUACUCUAAGGAUUCAUCCUUUUGUUAUGACAAAAUUCUGUUUUAUUUUGCAUCCAAAUGUAAAUAUUUACAACAGUUAGAUCUUACAGAGAGCUGCAUUUCUGCUCCGGAUUUCGUAAACUUUCUUCAGAGUUGCGGCGAUUGUUUAACGCACUUACGAUUAAGUAGUCCAAAUGGCAAAUUUGUUGACAAUUUAUCUCUAUUAAAAAUUUCAGAGAUAUGCAAAAAUUUGAAAGUAUUGGAUCUCAGUUAUUGUAUUCUGGAGGGAAUGGACCAAGAAGUUUCGAGUCUCGAAAAUCUAGAAUUUCUAGAGAAUUUAGAUCUUAGAGGGUCCGGUAUAAGAGCUGAAUCUCUUUGCAAAAUACUGCAAAAGACUCGCCGGAUGCGUGACUUAAAUCUGAGCAAUCCUAGCGAUUAUGAUGUAGAACCACUACAUUUGGACGCAAUUACAAUACAAUUACAAUAUUCGUGUCCAGACUUGGAAAUAAUAGAUUUAUCGGGCAAUAUUAUUACAUCGCGAGGUAUUCAUGCCCUCGCUGAAUGCAAGAAUUUACGAAAACUGACAAUGAUGGAGAUGAAUUGCAGGUGUACAAUCGAUAAGCAUAGCUUACGUAGAUUGUUUUCCUCCUGUCAAUGCUUAGAAGAAGUCAAUUUGAUAAAUGAUUUUGAUAUGACUUUCAAUAAUUAUGUCUACGAAGGACUGACACUGUGUAAAAACUUAAGACAAAUAUACUUGGAUUAUGUGUCUUAUAGUUUCGCAAUUCUCGAGCAGUGCCCUAAACUGCAAACAAUCUAUGUUAUACGGAACGGGUCCGAUGACAUGCGUGAUAGCCAGGCGUUCGUUGUUCAGGCAAAGGAAAAAUAUCCACACGUGUCCAUUCUUGAAUAUCAAAACAAAAUCAUAUAUGAUGAUGAUAAGGAAUGUGAAGGAUGGUGAAUAUGUGAAGAAAAGUGGCUUCCUUACCGAUUUGGCUGAAAUUUAACAAUAUAUUAUGUAUUUUGGCGUGUUAAAUUCGAAUAUAAAAGCUAAAAUCGUCGCUCUUAAGUAGAACGAAAGUUAUAAAGAUAAAGUACUAAAAGUGACAAUUUUUGGGUUAAGAAAUAUGCUAUAUCGGCAGGGUACUAAGUACAUACCAGAGAAAGCAUGCGCAGUGAUGUAAAAGGGCGCAAAAUUAUUUAAAAUAAAUAAGAAUUUAGAAAUAAUUUUUGUAUAUUAUAGUAUGAAAAAAUAUUAGAAGUAGGCGGGGGAGGGCCUCCACCCUUUCCCCUGCACUUCCACCCCGAAAAAAAUCUAUCCAAACCCAAACCUAUUUCUGACAAACUGAAAUUUUCGUUUUGCACUUUUAAUCCAGUAGAAUUGCAAAAAUAAUUUCUCACGAUAGUCUCAGUUUGCAGACCAUGAGCCAUGUCUACUGCAGUCAUUUUUCCAUGAAACUUAUUACUUUUAAAUUGAAUUGGCAAGUUUUUUAAAAUUUUGUCUUCUUGUUUUUGAUUUAAUGUGCUUCGCAAUCAAUUCUAUCGACAAAAUUGUUUAAAGCAAAAUUUCUAACU